UUUCCGGUUCCGAUAUAAACAAACUGAAAUUGAAAAUAGAAGAAAUAUGGACGGGAGAGCAUUUGAAAACAAAUUUUCUUUAUACGACGGGAAAUCUCUCGUCGGCGAAGAUGGAAAGUUAUUGGCUGGCCGACAAGAGCUCCUGAGGUCACACAUAGACAGAUUACUACAGAAAUUGUAUAGUGGCUUAGAUGAUGAUACAGACACUAACUACUCCUUGUAUACCGGCAUUGGAGGUAUUGCGUAUCUCCACUGGCAUAUGUACCACAAACUUGGUAAAGACCCACAAUACCUUGAAAGGGCAUACUGCUAUAUCAAGCAUCAUUUACGGCACCUGAAAGGUCGGAGGGCGACUUUCCUAUGUGGGGACGCAGGGCUUCUGGCUCUUGGUGCUGUGGUUUGCAGUGAGAUGGGCAAGGUUGACAAAGCGCAAGAUCUGAUUAAGAGGUUGGAAGCCAUGCAUGAUGGAGUGUGUUCAGAUCACAAUCUUCCCGACGAAGUCCUAUUUGGACGUGCUGGUUAUCUGUUUGCUCUCCUGUUUGUCCAGCGCCACCUAGGGGAUGACAAGAUAAAUAAUUCUGUUAUAUACAAAGUUUUCCAGUCCAUGAUAGACAGAGGUCGAAGGUUGUCAAGGGAGGAGGGGUUGAGUCACCCUCUGAUGUACCGAUGGCAUGACAGGUACUACUUGGGUGCCGCUCACGGUCUGGCUGGGAUACUCUCCGUACUGAUGCAGGUUCCAGAUCCGGCCGGGAAGUACAAGUCUGUGAUUACAGACUUUGUAAAACCUAGUGUGGACUACAUGCUGGGAUUAAGGUUCCCAUCUGGAAAUGGUCCAUCGUCGCUGGAAAGUGAAAACGGAGACAAACUUAUACACUGGUGUCAUGGAGCUCCAGGCUGGAUCAACAUGUUCAUCUCUGCCUACAAGACAUUUAGUGAUUCCAAAUAUCUGGAGGCAGCCAAGAAGUGUGCAGAUGUGAUUUGGGAACGUGGAAUUCUAAAGAAGGGGUAUGGAAUCUGUCAUGGCACGGCAGGAAACGCCUAUGCAUUUCUGACAAUGUACAAGUUGACUAACAACCAGGAAUAUCUCUACAAGGCAUAUAAAUUUGCAGAGUGGUGUUGUGACUAUGGAAAACAUGGAUGCCGUACACCUGAUGCACCAUUCUCGCUAUUUGAAGGUAUGGCAGGCACCAUAUAUUUCCUUAUUGACAUGAUAGAUCCUUCCAAAGCUCAUUUUCCAGCUUUUGAAUUGUGAUGGAAAAAUUUUACUUAUAUUAUUUCUGCCUGGGGAAGGUCACAAUACCUUCAUGGCCGAAGCUAAUUAUCCAGCUUUUGAAUUGUGAUGGAAAACUUUUACCUAUAUCAUUUCUGCCUGGAGGCGGUCACCAAUACCUUCCUGGCCGAAGCUAAUUAUCCUGCCUUUGAACUGUGAUAGAGAAUUUUUACUUACAUGUAUAUUAUUUCAGCCUGGACGAGGUCACCAAUACCUUCUGGCUAAAGCUAAUUUUCUGGCUUUUGAACUGUGAUGAAAAUAAUCUAUGUGUAUUUUUUCUGUCUCUUUGAGGUCACAAUACUUUCCCGGCUCUAAGCAUGCCGCCUCUGUUGAUGAUGUUUUAUUGACUGUGUCAGCUAAGCGGAGUUUCAACUAUUUUGUCUUGAUUUUUAAGGAUAAGCUUUGGAAACUGUGGAAAAAUGCCAGGUAGUUUCUUUUUGGGGAUAAUGUAAAACAAAUUUUGAUCCUAAGUCAGGAUUUGGAACUGUGAAAUAUUAAUUAACACAUUCAUGUUUCCCUCAACUGUUUAUGUUUUAUAGUUGAUUGACGAGAAGGGUCAUAAGGUCAUAUGAUGACUGUGUCAUUUUAGAAUGAGGCCUAUCUAGAGUCAUAGUUGUAAUGUGCCAUUAUAGAAAUGUUGAUACUCUACAUGGCUAGAUGAAACCUAGCAAUAAGUAGAGUCAUACAGGCAGUGAACCUGUAUAAUUUAAAUGUUACUGAUUUGUUUGUAUGUAGUAUAGUGUUUGAGUAUGUGAUAUAUACAUGUAUAGCCUAUGUACAGGCAAUAUUGUUACUGUCUUUUAUGAGUGUUCAUUAAAUUUAAACUUUAUUCAGUUUACAACAAUUGUGAACCAAGUUGUAUCAACAUAAAUAAAUCACACUUGUUCGUCCUGUUGACAGGGUUUUAGUGUGGGAGAAAACCCACGUGGUCAAGCAGGUGACUCUAACCUCUUCACGUGUGAUGGAGGAAUCAAACCCUGGCUGCCUAAGUGAAAGUAAAAUGUGUUACCACUGUGCCACCCAACCACCAUUUUAUGGGUGGUUACUUGGCAUAGUUGUAAUGUUCAUGUCAUUCACCUAAGCGAUUGGAUGAGAAAAUUUACGGGGUCACCUGCCAAACUGUGUGGGUUUUCAUGGUAGUCUGUUUUCCUGCCACAGUAAGACCACUUUUACUUCCAUUCUGUCAUCCAGAGUGUUGAGUAUAAGUGAAAAUAACUUGUUUCGCAAUUGUUGUGAAAUUAAUGUGUAAAGUUUGUUGUUUUCAAGUGCAUAAUACUCACGGGAUUUGAUUGAACAAGACCUUUCAAAUUCCAUUUAAGCCAAAUAAAACUGAUCUGAUGGAU